UUGCAACAGCAAGACCCCUUCGAUGCCGCCGCCGUUCCGUUGUUGGUUUGAUUCGCGCCAACAGCAGCAGCGCAGCGGGGGAAAACACGGAACGUGCCGUCGUCGUCAGUCAACGGUGAGCAUUCGACGCAUUCGGACGUGAUUUCUCUGGUGCAGUUAGCUGCAUUCCCAGUACCUAUCUUCUCGACGAAACUUCUCGACCUCCGUCCGUGACCCAAGUGUGACGUCUAGGUUCAAGAGUAUUUUCGUGUUUGUGUUAGUGUGUUUGUGUGAGAUUUAAGUGUGGAGUUUGUUUUGACGGGAAGUAGAGGAGGCUGUGCGAAAUUACAACGAACUGCAUCAGCGCGAAAGACGGUGACCUUCAACUGGUUUGGACGACGAACGACACGAUAAAGGAAGGCUGCUGGUUCGUUGCUGCUCUCAACUGGUGGAUUACGCCCAUCCGUUGGUCUAUUACUGGAAGUCCAGUGUCAGAUGCUUUAAUGACACUGAAAUCGAUCACGAUGCAACUACGAAAACGUCCUACGAUCGGCGUUAUGCUGCCGCUGCUGAUGAUCGCCCUAAUGGCGGAGCAGCUCAGCGCAAGUCCGAUGCCACAGCAGCAGAUGCGCUUCCGGCCGCGAUAUCCCAGGAGGGACAACUUAGCGGCGUACAAUAUCCACAAGACCUUCAAGGCGCGGGACGUGAACGGACUGGACGUUAACCAGGCCCAAAAGGCCAUGGUAGACGUUCAACAGACGAUCGCCGAGGUUCAGCGUUUGCUAGCCAAGGAUCCCACGCUCCCGAGGUUGACCAGGGGAGAAAUCGAGGAGCUAUUCGAGAACGUGACCCGCGAAGAGUUAGCCAAGUCGCUUCGCGAAGGCGAUCAGAACCGUGCGCAGCACAUGCGAGCCUUGAUGUUGGUCCUCCCAUACAAUACCAACAACAUGAGCCCGGAAAACAUCCAGAACAUGUACACCCUGCCUCCGGUGACCAAGGUCGUUCAGAACGAGGUAGUUCCACGGAAGCAACAAUCGCUGCCCAAGAUCAUUCCAACCAAGAUGACGGCCACCACGACUCGGACUACCAUGAAGAAGAAAAGACCCGUUACGGAAGUGACGGAGCCGGCAUCCACGACGGCCGUUCCCAUUACGACGAUCCGAUUCACCACUCCCAAACCAACGACGUUCCACCCGGCUCUGCCCAACGUAAUCCGAGACGACGCCAAACCUGCGCAGGUCAAGGCGACCACAGCACCCACCACCGACGUUCCGACCACCGUGGUAGACUACGUUACAAAACCUAUUGAACCUGUUUCCGAUAGCGCCCCUGAGAAGUUCAAUCUCCCGUUCGCCACUUCCGAUGACGAAGUAAAGAACUCGGAGAUCAGCAAAAUUCUCGCUUCGUUGGGCUUCGGCGAUGGCGUUCCACCGACCUUCCGACCACUGCCGCUCGAGAUGACCACUCCCGUCGGAAUAGCCGAUCUGGCCGCAGAGUUCGCCACAUCGACAACGCAAAACCCCUCCCAGGAAGACGAAGAACUCCGGAUGCUGCUGCGAUCCUUUGGACUCCUGAAUGACGGUGGCAACUCAGUCGGGAUCUCUCCGCUUUCCGAUCAUCAACCCCUGUUCCCCGAAACGCUUACGGAUGUUCAACCAGCGCAUCUGAUCCAAAGCGAUGACCUGAAGGUCGAGGAGCUGGAACCGUCCCCUCCAGCGAUGGCCAAGCCAGACAUCAAACCGGAUGACUACGUCGCUUUUAAACCGCUACCGAGCGAUGCCCCGAAGCUUGCCGAAGGUCUGGACGAACUUUUGAAGUCCUUCGGUAUCCUGGACAAUGGCGAGCGAAAGGAGAAGUCGUUGAACGCGGAGACUAGCACUGCCAGCAAUGUUCCUAGUGCAUCAACAACCGAAAUGGAAGAAAUGCCCAUGAUCGAUAAAGAUCUGGUUGUUCCGCAGAUGGCCUCUAUUUUGGACAAUCUGGGCAUUCAAACGAUGAAGAAGGACCGCAACGGCCGCAAGCUGGCCAUGACCAAAGAAUCCGACGGAGCCGAACUGAAGUCCAACGGAGUCGCGUUCCGACCGAAAAAGAAGUCCGAGAAACCCGAGAAGGCCGACAAAUUCGUGAACGAAGACUACCGCAAGCUCGAGCAGCUGUGGGAAACCAUCCGGGAACUCGAGAAGCUGAACCCCAACCUGACCGAGGACUCCCUCGAUUCGCUCAACCUGAAGAACUUCAACUUCAGCGAGUCCCUUCUCGCCCAAGGACCAAACCCCCUCGAAAGCUACGACAUCAACCGGAUCAACGACAUCAAGAAGCGCCAGCAACCGACCACCGAGGACACUCCGACCCGUAUUGCCCUCGAUCUGGCCCUCUCCGGGAACUCCUCCGGCAACAACACCCCGACCAACCAAGUGGAGAUCAUCUCCACCACGUCCGGAGAUCAACCACGAUCGUCCAUCCUGGAAGUGGACCUUCCCAGUUCAUCCUCCACAUCAACCACCUCAACAACCACCACCACCACCGAGUCCUCAACGACCAGUUCGGACAACUCGGCUCGCUUCACGGCCCUGGAGGAAUCCUUCGGAGGCGGAGCGGAUCCGGUGGAGCAGGAACCGCUGCCGCCGCCACGGCGGAACGGAUUCUACUUCCUGGCCGAUUGGAACUCGUUCCUGGAGGUGGGCGAAGACCCGAACAAGGUGGUGAUCAGCUUCCGACCGCAGGCCGGCGAUCCCAGCCGGUUCCUGCCGGUGAAUGUGCCGUAAGAAGGAGAGAGUGACCGGCGGCGAUCAGUCGUCGAUCGACGCAACCUCCCAGUGCAGAGGGGUGAUUGGGUUCAGUAGAUUUCUUGACAAGGCAGGGGUUGCAGAUAGCUUUUAUUUUCAGGUCGGGUGGGAGCGCCGGGAGACCAUUACAGUCAGGUUUAUUCUCUGUGUUUGUGUGUUUUUCUUUGACGAAUAGUUAUUUUUGUUCCAUGCGUAAAUUCUGGGAUCUUUUCCAGAUUUUUAAUUACGUUUUUUUUAAUUUUUGAUUAGAGCAUCUACAACUACAUUCAUCAGAUGUUCCCGCUUGAAAAUAAUAAAAGGUAGUUAUCCGUCAAUCCAAGAAACAUAAUAAACCGGGGCUUAUAUCUGAUAGUAAUAGCACAGAC